AUGAUAUCAUAUCAGAUUAUAAAAUUUUACAUAUAAAUAAGCAAUUAAACCUUGCUUAAAAAAGCAAUGAUCUCAAGAUAAAGUAAGAAUAGUAGCACAAUGUAGAUGAUUAAAAUAUAUGAUAUAAAUUAAGUAACCUUUGUUAAGUUGGUUUAAUAACGGAAAAAAUAAUUAUUUUUAUUAAAUAUUGGCUAGACACUUGUUUUAUUAGUGAGAAUUCGGAAAAUUCAGAGAAUAAACCUCAAAAAUAAAAAAUUCAAAUUUAUAGACUAUUUGGUUAAAUAUUAUUAUUGCGAUUAUUAUAAGCUAAUAAAAAUGGCUAUAAAUCUUCCUGUUAAUAAUUGUAUAAUUUAGUAUCUUUUUCUCAAGGUAUAAUAUUUUAUUCAUAUUUAUUUAAUUAAAUUAUUUGAGAUUGAAAUAUGGGAUGUACCCAAUAGAAAAUUUCAAAGUAGGAUUAAUUGAUAGAGGUUCCUAAAUAAAAUCUAUCAACUGGACCAUAUAUCAUGAGCAACAAAAUCGUAUUGUUACAAAUUUAAUAUUACCACGGAAGGUAAUCCCUUAAAUCUAUAGGUAAUAAAUAGAACUAUAUUAAGAUUAAAGCACCAUAUUGAAGAGGAGAAGAACCAAAGAAUAAAUAACUGAGCAAUCCUCCCCAACGAAAAUUUACAAGUGA